UUCGAGCCCAACAGCAACAUGAUAAACUAAUAAUAUUUAUCAUUAAUCGAUUGAUUUCAUUUCUAGAACUCAUGGGGCUCAUGGAGAGGUUGUUGGGGAUUAAUCCGAGGUUGGACCUUCCGGCAACCCCGGAUGCUCCCCAUCUCCAGAGGGAAAACGGAGAGGGGGCGGAAGGGCAAGCCAAUGCAGAAAUCGGACCACUGAUGGGAACUUUGGUCCGAUUUCUGCAACAGCAGCAGCUGCAACAACAACAGCAGCAGCAACAACAACAACAGCGACAACUACAACAGCAGCAGCUGCAACGCGAGCUGUUAUUUAUGCUGGUGGCCUGUAGGCCACAAAGUCCAAGGGAUUUCCUUGGACUUUUGGGGUCAUUCCUCCAAAACCACCAACACGGGGAGAGACAGCGGGGAAACAAUGGAGGCAGGAGCCGCAGGACGUGGGGUGGCCGUCGUGGCGGGAGCGGUGGACGUGGAGGUGGCGGACGUGGCGAUGGCGGAUAUCGCGGGGAAUAUCGCGGUGGAUAUCGGGGGGGAUAUCGUGGACGAUUCCACCGCGAUAAUCAUUAUUAUUGA